AUGCCUGGAAAAGAAACCAAACCCAAUAGGCUUCCACAUUCUUCCCUCGUCUGCGCGGGAUGGAGGAGGCUUUUAGACCAUCGUCUACUUCCCGCGCCCCUCGUCGUUGAUGGUGAAGCUCUAGGCCUGGUAGACGUCACGGCAGUCGCUAGAUAUGGCAUCGAAGGAGCUCUGACGAGCGACGAGACGGUGCUGAAGCGGAUCGAGAAGAGUGUUGAUCUCUUGGAUGAACAAUUGAAUCAAGGCGAAACGGUCUAUGGUGUCAACACAGGAUACGGCGGGAGUGCAGAUGUGCGCUGCAGUGCCUAUGAUAUGCGCACACUUCAGCGCGCUCUUCUGCAACAUCUCCAUUGUGGCGUACUCCCAGCACCGGUCGGCAGCGGCGAACCUUUUUCUAUGUCUCUUAAAGAAGAAUGGGUCCGAGCAGCAAUUCUCAUUCGCGCCAAUUCCCUAGCCAGAGGCCAUUCGGCGGUUCGACCUCAAAUAGUCCGCUCCCUGCUAGCCCUACUGAAACAUAAUAUUACCCCCCUUAUCCCGCUCCGGGGCAGUAUAUCAGCAUCUGGAGACCUCUCUCCUCUCUCCUACAUCGCAGGGGCCCUUGAAGGAAACCCAGGCAUCUACUGCUGGGUUGGGCCUCCCCAUUCUCGGUACCUGGUUCCUGCUACCGAAGCUCUCGCAUCAAUAAACUUGCUACCAACCGUCUUCGGCCCAAAAGAAGGCCUUGGCCUUGUAAACGGAACAGCUGUUUCUUGUGCAGUUGCAACCUUGACCCUUCACUCAAUCCAUAACCUCCUCUCCUUAAGCCAACUUCUGGCUGCAAUGAACGUAGAGGCUAAGCUCGGUACUUCGACCUCCUUCGCCCCUUUCAUCUCUGCCAUUCGUCCACAUCCAGGCCAAGCAGAAGUAGCAAGCACCAUACUAUCAGCUCUAGCAGGCUCGAAGCUCGCCGAGCCGCUUUUCGAGCAACAUCCCACAUCUACACAUGGCCUAUUCCAGGACCGCUAUUCACUCCGCACUGUCCCGCAAUGGCUAGGCCCCUUUAUCGAAGACUUGCUCCUCGCCCACCAACAGCUCUCCAUCGAACUGAACAGCACAACAGACAACCCGCUCCUAGACCCCGAACCCGGCAAUAUCUACCACGGCGGGAACUUCCAAGCCGUAUCCGUAACCUCCGCCAUGGAAAAAUCGCGUCUCGCUGCACAGGCUAUUGGUCGGAUGCUCUUCGCACAAUUCACUGAGUUGCUAAAUCCAGCCACAAACCGCGGCUUACCGCCUUCUCUAUGUGCGGACGACCCAAGCACUAGUUUCACGAUGAAGGGACUUGAUGUGGCAAUGGCAAGCUAUAUGUCUGAACUCUCAUUUCUGGGAAAUCCCGUGCAUAACCACGUCGUUAGCGCGGAGAUGGGCAACCAAGCACUGAACUCUCUCGCUCUGAUAAGCGCACGAUAUACUGACACAGCUGUGGACAUCCUCUCGCUAAUGUGUGCGACGAGUUUAUAUGCAAUCUGCCAAGCGCUUGAUUUACGGGCCAUGGCGAAGAUAUUUCAAGAUAAGUUGGUAGCGGAAUUAAGGCCGGCGGUUAUUUCACCAGUCUUCAAGACCUUAGAUGCCAAAUCAUGUUACAGGGUGACGAGGAUUGUGUGUUUAUAUAUCGCUAACGAGAUGCCCAAAACUACUACCAUGGACACCAAACCCCGCUUUGAGAAGAUCAUGGAUGGGGUAUAUGGGGAGUUAGUUGGAGACUUCGCUGCUCUGAAAAAAGAUGAGGGCACAGAUGUCGAUUUGCAAACAUUGGUGGAAUUCAGCACGAACGCGGCUGCUUUUGCGACUACACUUUUCAACUCAGUUCGCGAAGAGUACUUUGUGAAUGGGGACGCAACGCCACUGCUUGGACGUGCUUCAAAGCAGCUGUAUACGUUCGUGAGGAAAGAUUUGAGAGUCCCAAUGCAUAGGGGUGUUGCCGACCAUCCUGUCUCUGCUCCUUCCGUACCGGGUAUCCCAAUUGUCAACGGGGAGGGAGGGGGCGAUGAGUGGCGGAAGAAGACGGUCGGACAUUGGGUCAGCGUCAUCCAUGAGGCGAUCAAGGGCGGGAAGAUUAUGGAUGUUGUGGUUGGGAUUUUAGAGGAGGGAGCGAGGACACAAGAGGGGCUGGCAGGAGCCUAA